UGGAGCGGAUUUGCAAGGGGAUGGGAGUCAAGCUUACCAUUGAGAUUCCUCCAGGGCUGAAACGUCCUGAGAAGCCUUUGCCUGCUGCCAAGUUUGCAUCGGAGGGUGGAAUGCUUGCAAGAGGCCAGAUGCCGCUCCUUCCGCAUUUCAAGUUGUACAAGAGGGAUGAGAAUUUGUUGGCCGACUUCGUUGGAAAGAUGGGGGCAAAUUUCAACAUGGACACAGAGUCGGAAGACAUCCAGAAGGCUUGCUAUGACGUACUGCGGAAAGUGUCGAAGAACAGGCGCUACAUCCUGAAAAGGGACUACUUCGACAAAGUACCAGCAAAUGAAGUCAGCAUCAAGUCCCCUGUUAAGGAUGUCUCAGAUGAAGAAUGGGAAGCUCUAACUGCUCUGUGGGUAACCCCAAGACACAGGGUAUGUUCUUUGCUUCAGUUGCAGUCAUUAGUGCUUGCAUGGUAGACAUGAUGCUCAUCGUUAUAGUGUGCACAUUGCUGAAUAUCAUGAUUGUGCCCUUCUGCAGAACACAUGUACCAAGAAC